AUGUGGGCGUUGGACUGCGGUACCCCACGUGCUGAAUUCGACUGUCUGGCGAAGCGGCUGCAUUGGCCUGAAUGUGGCUUUUCUACCGAAGAUAGUCAAGUGGGUGGGUUGGGCGAAGCAUUCUCGACCGAGAGGAGAAGCUCAACAAGCCGGAAGAUAGACGAGUGGAGUGUGGAGGGGAGGCGGAAGAAAGACACAAUUCUUCACAUGAGCCCCGGACACAAAGGACAGAGGUGUUAA